AUGAAGCCACUUUCUCCAACCUGGCAGCCACUGGAUGCCUUGGACUACAGCUCCAUCACCUCAGCUUUCCUCCCAGCCUGCGGGCAGCCUGUGACCCUUUCACGGAUUGUUGGAGGGCACGCAGCUGUUGAAGGGUCAUGGCCCUGGCAAACCAGCAUUUUACUGUUUAACAGUCAUGUUUGUGGAGGCUCCCUUAUCAACCCGAACUGGGUAGUAUCUGCAGCUCACUGCUUCCCUUCUGCUGGAACACCAUAUGAAGUACAGUUGGGUGCUUAUAAACUCCUGGACCCUUCUCCCAAUAUGGUGACAUCCGCCGUUAAACGUGUCAUCUCCCAUCCUGACUACAGUGGCGACGGGUCAAGUGGGGACAUUGCUUUAGUGGAGCUGAAUUCCCCUGUGAAUUUCACUGACUACAUCCUUCCCGUCCGCUUGCCAACGUCCUCUGCGGAGUUUGCUGCAGACACAAGAUGUUGGGUCACUGGGUGGGGACACACUAAGUUUUCAGAACAGUUGGCGCCCCCCCAUAUCCUUCAGGAAGUGGAGGUACCAAUCAUAGAUCGUGAUACCUGCAACCAACUCUAUAAUAAAAGCAAAGGAUAUCAGUUAAAAACUGAUCCUGUCAAGGCUGAUAUGAUCUGUGCUGGGUAUGAAGAAGGUGGAAAGGAUGCCUGUCAGGGUGAUUCCGGAGGGCCCUUAGUUUGCAAGUCCAAUGGGGCAUGGACACUGGCUGGGGUGGUGAGUUGGGGGGAAAACUGUGCUCAACCCAACCAACCUGGCGUCUAUACAUCAGUGCCUUUCUACCUAGACUGGAUCAAAGAGAAUAUAAAUAUAAAUAAUGGCGGACUUUCAAACUUCCCCAGGGUAACUCUUGUUUUGCUAACUUUUGCAUCAGCCCUCCUAUGAAAUACCCAUCCUCAGCCCUACAGACAUGAAAUCUGUACCAGCAACUACAAGACCUUCAGCCAGCAAUCCUCUCCUAACAAACAAGUCCAUUAAGACCCAAUUCACAGAUUCAGCAUCUAUCUGGGUGACAUAAUCCACUAAGACCAAAACAUAACUGCCUGUCCCCAGGCACCCUUGGAUGGACUAGCCCUACAAUAUCCUCUUCCAGCCUCUGAAACAGUACAUCUUAUGGUUCUCCUUGGGGAACUAAUUUAUUUUAGAACUCUUUAUAGAAAUUUAAAAUGUGUAUAAACCACACAACUGUUCUUAAAUUAGGGGUCACUAUAUACCCCAUUUAAUUUAAAUAAUUCCAUGAUCUAAGUAGUUAGAGCAAUGCUUAAGCUAUUUUUCCUUAAAUACUUAUGAAGUAAGUGAUCUGGAUUAUUUCCUUAUACUGGAUUUACAAGAGGAAUUUGCUGGGGUUGCUACAUUGGAAGUACAAAGGGGGCUUGACAAAGAUGGGAACAAGAAUUUUGAGAGAAGAGACGAACAGAGUAUGAGAAGGCAGAUGUCAGAACAUUUUUUGAGGAUCUUAAAGACUGUCUACAGAAAGAAGAAUUGGUUUAUUCAAUCAAGGUUAAAAUAAUGGGUUGUUAUUUGGGGGGAUGUUUACUGGUUUCUUGAUUAAGACUGGAUGAUGAUGGUUAUUUCUAGUAAGGUUUAGUUGUUUUUUGUGUGGGACUGAAUUUUGAUUAUUUGAAGAAAGGAAAGGGGGGUGUUUAAUGGGAAAGGAAGGAUUCAGAUUGGGUAUAACAGAUAUAAUUUGUAAUAUCUAUGUUGUUAUUUCUGAUAACCCUUACUGGACUUUCACUGUUUAAUAGGGAGAGAUGAGGUUCUAGAGAUGGGUUUAUAGAAAGUGGGGUGAGAUGUGGAAUAAAGACAUGUUUGGUUAUAUUUUAAGAGAUAGUGAUAAGUUGUUAGUGUUGAUUAUACUUGCUGGGGAUGAAGGGGAAGGUUUCUUUUUCUCUUUUCUCUUUUUUCUUUUUCUGCA